AUGUUGAUGAUCAUUGCUGAUUUGGUUUCCUUGUCGAUCAUUGUGAUGUCUAGCCGCCUUGCAGGGAUCUUCCUGAACUUCCGGUUUUACCCGGUCAUCGUCUGCCAGUGGUCCAGGUUGAUGCAGCCAUGGCUACCAAUGAUAAACGGAGGGCCAACUAAUGGCUUUGAGAAAGACGUGAGAACCAAAACUACUCAUUGUGUCAUCUAUCCUGAGAGUGCAGUGGAUGUGGAAAACUCCACUCAUUUAGUGCUGGCUCCUUUUAAGACUUUAGACCUUCAGUGGCUCAUCAGUGCCUUUACCACUAAAGACAUCAAACGCAUAUGCACAAGUGUUAGGACCAGAAUACAGGCUAAUAAGAACAAGCAUAAGGUUCUCAAUGACCAUGAAGUUGAUGCCAUCAAAGCAGAGAAAAGAGAUUUUGACAAAGCCAGGUAUAUACUGGACUCAGUCAUUAAGAAAGGAGAGGCCGCCAGCUAUGAGUUACUCAAGAUAUUGGACUUUACCAGGAAGAGCACGCUACAUUCUGACUCACAUCACUGGAUUAGUUGUUUUUCCUUCAGAGAGGAUUCUGGUACAGAGUACUCUGCCGGCUCACAGUCCUGUCACAGGUAUAAGAAUCAGCUUAAGAAAAAAGCAGAGAAGAUCUUCAGUGAUCAGAUACAGCUAAGUAAAUGCUACCUUGAAGAAGAAAAUGAGGUCACAUUUUUCAUACCACUGGUGCUGGAUACAAACACAGAGUUAAACACAGCAGAGUCAAAAGUUAAAACAAAACAAAGAAAAUGUGAAAAAAAUCGCUCUAAAAAGCUGAAGGCCUACAUCCCACAAGCUGAAGAGAUACUGUCCCCUAAUGACCUUCUUAAAAGAAAACAAAACAUCUUGUUAAUAGGAAAACCUGGAAUAGGGAAAACAGUAACUGUAAAACAAAUGUUACAUCUGUGGGCUGAAAGAGUUGACCGAGAAUUGGACUACAUGUUUUACUUUGAUGAGAAUGACAUGUCAUGUAUCUCACUCCCUACAAAUGUAGAACAUCUUCUGUUUGACAUCUACUCAAAACCUCUGGAGAAAGACAAACAAGAGGUGUUACAAGACAUUGAAGAAAAUUCUGAAAAUGUUACCAUUAUUUUUGAUGGUGUGACAGAUAUGACCUCUAGCUCCAUUUUGAGGAAGAUUAUUGAUAAAGAUCUGCCUGAUGCUAAAAUUGUGAUUACGUGCCGAACAGAGACAGAGACUAAAGACUUUCUGUCUGAAGACUGGUAUAGAGUGUAUGUGCAGGGAUUUAAUGAGAAGUCAAUUCAGGCUUACUUUACUCAGGUGUUGGGCUCUCAGCCAGACUUAGUCAGCAGUGUGGUGAACAAUCUAGAACUGUUCAGUCUCUGCCAUGUUCCUAUGUAUGCUUCCAUGGUGGCUACAUGCAUUUCAUACUGCCCCUCAAAAACCACCAAAAACCCAUGUACAGUCAGUGAAAUGUACAUCAACAUCUUUCGCCUCUGUGUUCAGAAACAAACAGGAAUAAACCUUGAAGAUCUUGAUGAACAUAUUGAAGCCUCAAGAGACACAGUUAUUCAUCUAGCCACUGAAGCUUUCAGUGCAGCCUGUGAAAGAAAUGUAAAUCUAGAUUUUAAAUUUAAAAAAGACAGCAUUCAUAGAGUUUUCCUGAAAUCGCUAAACUUUAAAUCAGGGGUUUCUGUUGUUAAGAAAUGUUGUGCAUUUCUCCACAACACAAUGCAGGAGUUUUUUGCUGCUCUGUGGCUGCUUGAGAAUCCAGGUGAAAUUGACAUGGUUCUGCAGCAUUCUCAGACUGAAGAGAAAAAGCAUAUGAGAUAUGUGAUUCCUUUCCUGUGUGGGCUUCUGUCAGGACAGAACAUGCACCUUCUAAAGUGUCUCUUUCCAGAGGAACAGAUCAAAGACAUAUGUGUGGAGUUCUUUGUGAAAAUCAUAGACACAUUCCUUAAUCCUCAAUCAGGCAGCAAGCCAGACAUUCUCUUUGUGUGUCAGUGCUUAUAUGAGUACAGGUCACAUGAAGCCUGUUUACUGUUCCUGGAAAAAGUUGACUAUGACCUUGACUUGAGUGAACAACACAUUGACCCUCAUCAGAGCUGUGCUUUAUCAUAUGUGAUCAGUCAAUCAGGAGAGAAAAAGGUUGGACUGAACCUGGAGGACUGCACUGUAUCUGACUCAGGACUGAAGAUAAUUCUGAAGUGUUUUCGGAAUCUUAGGUAA